AGACGCACGCCGCCGCGCCCCUGCUGGCCGCUCUGGGGGAGCUGCUGGCCACGGACGAGGUCCAGCCCGAGCCCUCCUGGAUCCCCGCGGCGGACGACGCCGAGGAUGCCGGGCAGGCAGCCGCUCGCCUUCCGUGCCACGAGGACUGGCCCGCGGAGGCGCGCCUCCUGGCCUGGCCCAUCCUCCCCUGCUGGCGCGCGUGGACGGCGGCCGACGGCCUCUCCGAGGCGGCCGAGACCCUCGGCGACCGCGUGGUGCUGCCACUGCUGCGCAGGGCGCUCAGGCGUCACGGCGCUGGCUUCCCCGCGAUUGAGGUGCGGGACAUGGUGCUCGCGGGCCUGCUGGGCACCGCGGUCGACGACCGCGACGCCGGGCGGCUCAGCGCCGCGGUGCAGCUGUCGCUCCGGUGCCUGCCCCGCGACCUCGAGGUUGCAGCGGCCCCGCCCCUCCGGGCAGCCGUGGCGGCUUUGGCCGACCUGGUAGCAGAGGGGGCGCCUGCGGGCGAGGGGGCGCUGCUGCUGGCGCUGCAGCCAGGGUGCCUCGCGGCGGCGGACGCGCGGGGUUGCCUGGAGCGGCUGGUGCGGCCGCUGCUGGUGGCCGACGACCCCGGCGAGCGGGAGCUGCGCCUCGCCGUGCUCUGCGGCGGCGCACUCAGCAUGCACUCCAAGGGCCCCGCCGAGGGCUCGGACGAGCAGGACU